AUGGUUCUCGACCGUCUCCAACAGUUGACCUACCAGGUCAGCGCCUCUGCUCCUCCACCCCAUCCCCUUGACCCCCUCUCAACAUCAGAAAUCGACACCGCAGUAUCCCUCAUCCGCAAGGAACAUGGCAAGCUCAACUUCAAUGCGGUUACUCUCUAUGAGCCGCGCAAGGCGGAGAUGAUGACCUGGCUCGCAGACCCUGAGAAUGUGCCCCGUCCUGCCCGUGCCGCUGACGUCGUUGCCAUUGCGCCAGGCGGGAAGGUGUAUGACGGCAUCGUCGACCUGGACCAGAAGAAGAUCCUCUCGUGGGAGCACACGCCAGGCGUGCAGCCGCUCAUCACGAUGGAGGAUCUGCAGGAGGUCGAGCACAUUGUUCGCAAAGACCCUCGGGUCAUUGAGCAGUGUGGGAUCCUGGGGAUACCGAAGGAGGAUAUGCACAAGGUGUACUGUGAUCCUUGGACUAUUGGGUAUGACGAGCGGUUUGGUAGUGAGGUCCGUCUGCAGCAGGCGCUCAUGUACUACCGUCCCCAUGUCGACGACUCCCAGUACACAUAUCCCCUGGAUUUCUGUCCAAUCUACAAUGCGGAGACCAAGGAGAUUAUUCACAUUGACAUUCCGCCUGUACGGCGCCCCAUCAGCCGGGCCCCUCCAAACAACUACCAUCCGGCAUCUAUUGAGAAGGAUGGUGGCUACCGGACUGACAUCAAGCCGAUUCACAUCACCCAGCCGGAGGGCGUGUCGUUCAAGAUUGAUGGCCGAACGAUCGAUUGGCAAAAUUGGAACAUCCACGUUGGAUUCAACUAUCGUGAGGGCAUUGUCCUGAACAACAUCACUUUCAACGACAAGGGGAAUGUCCGCCCCAUAUUCUAUCGUCUGUCUUUGGCUGAGAUGGUGGUGCCAUACGGCAACCCCGAGCAUCCUCACCAGCGCAAGCAUGCCUUUGAUCUGGGAGAGUACGGUGGUGGAUAUAUGACCAACAGCCUAUCGCUCGGAUGUGACUGCAAGGGUGCGAUCCAUUACAUGGAUGCUGCGUUUGUCAACCGUGCCGGCGCCAGCACAAUUGUCAAGAACGCCAUCUGCAUCCACGAAGAAGACGCCGGUAUCCUGUACAAGCACACGGACUUCCGGGAUGAAUCCAUCAUCGUCACCCGCGGACGCAAGCUGAUCAUCUCGCACAUCUUCACCGCCGCCAACUACGAGUACUGCGUGUACUGGAUCUUUCACCAGGACGGCACGGUGCAGCUCGACAUCAAGCUGACCGGUAUUCUCAAUACUUACGCCAUGAACCCCGGCGAAGACACCAAGGGCUGGGGUACUGAGGUUUACCCCGGUGUGAACGCGCACAACCACCAGCACCUUUUCUGUCUGCGCGUGGAUCCCAACAUCGACGGGCCCAACAACACCGUCUUCCAGGUUGAUGCCGUGCAGGGGCCGGGAGAGGUCGGCAGCGCAGAGAACAAGUAUGGCAACGCCUUUUACGCCAAGAAGACCAAGUUCACCACGCCCCUUGAGGCCAUGUCGGAUUACAACGGCGCCACAUCCAGAACUUGGGAGAUGGCCAACACCAAUAAGCUGAAUCCCCACAGCAAGAAGCCAGUGUGCUACAAGCUCGUCAGCCGCGAGGUGCCCCCACUGCUCCCCAAGGAGGGUGGACUGGUCUGGAAACGGGCCGGAUUCGCCAGACAUGCUGUGCACGUCACCAAAUACUUGGAUGAUCAGGUGCAUCCUGCAGGUCGCCAUGUCCCGCAAACAUCCGGCGAGCCCUCCCAGGGCCUACCCGCUUGGAUCGAAGCGGCUGGUCCCAACACCUCCAUCGACAACACGGACAUUGUGCUCUGGCAUACCUUUGGUCUGACUCACUUUCCGUCUCCUGAGGAUUACCCCAUCAUGCCUGCCGAGCCGAUGACGGUGCUCCUCCGGCCGCGCAACUUCUUUGCCCGGAAUCCUGCUUUGGACGUCCCUCCAAGCUAUGCAAGGACCCCUUCCCAGAUUGCAGGGGGGGCAAGUGCAUGCUCUUGCAAGAAGAAUGAUGGGUCAAGUGUCCUGGUUUGA